GUCCUCUAGCCCUGGGAAGGUGCUGGUGUAUGUCUGCAAAUAAUAAAAUGAUAAAGCGAUACAAAGAAAAAUAGACCGAUUCCUCAUCAGCUCUCGGACAGACGGCCGUUACAUAUAGGAGGAAAUAAAUCAGCCACGGAAGGCUACAAUAGUUGCUCCAUUUGAGCCCCUGAAAGACUGGCCUUUGCAUGAUAUAAAGCACAUGCAUUCAUGUGCAAGAGAGUUCAACCAAAGCAAAGCCUUAGAAUACGUGAGAUGAAGAUGACUUGGGUUGUUUAAAAGCACAUUACUUCAAAUACAUUUCUGGGGGUACCCUUGGCUGCUCCACCACCGUAAACCUGCCGAUAUGUACGGAAGUUCCCGAUCAGUGAGCAAAAUGGACAGUAAUCAUGGCGGGGGUAGAAAUAACCAGAGUAACUCGGGCCGCUCACCACGGCUGCCUCGGUCACCCCGCAUGGGCCACCGUCGCACCAACAGCAUGGGGGGCAGCGGCGGAGGCCCAGGGGGCUCUGGAGGUAAGACGCUCUCCAUGGAGAACAUCCAAUCCCUCAACGCUGCCUACGCCACAUCAGGGCCAAUGUACAUGAGUGACAAUGAAGUCGCAAUAGGCACCUCCUCUGAUCUCCCCAAGAGUGGUGUGGCGACGGGACGUUUUGGUGGUAGCAUCCCUUAUGGUGUCCGAGGAACGGUAACGGGCAGCACACCUGACAUGGCUAUGGUGCCGGCAGUGUCCACCGACUCUAUGGGCUUUGGAGGGGAGAUCCACGCAGCAUCAACUGUUCCUCACUCCCUGCGCCAGGCAAGGGACAACACAAUCAUGGAGCUCCAAGCCCAGCUCAAGGAGGUGCUAAGGGAGAACGAGCUCCUUCGGAAGGAUAUAGAGGUGAAGGAGAGCAAGCUCAGCUCCUCCAUGAGCUCCAUCAAAAGCUUCUGGAGCCCGGAGCUGAAGAAGGAACGUGCGUUGCGCAAAGAUGAGGCGUCCAAAAUAGGAGUGUGGAAGGAGCAGUAUCGUGCAGUGCAAGAUGAGACACAGCACCUGCAGACAACCAUGCAGGCGCUGCAGGCUGAGCUGCGCAUCCAGCGUGACUUGAACCAGCUGCUCCAACCACCCGGGGAGCCGCUCGCCUGUGAGCCCAGCGAGGAGCAGGAAAGGCAGGCUCGAGAGCUUUUCUUGCUCCGCCGUACCCUGGAGGAGAUGGAAGUUCGCUUGGAAACCCAACGACAGACGCUAAUUGCUCGUGAUGACUCAGUCAAAAAGCUCCUGGAGAUGUUGCACAGCAAGAGCCCCUCGGCUAAAGCCAACGAAGAGGAUCAUGAGCGAACACGUCGCCUUGCAGAUGCUGAGAUGCAUGCACACCACCUAGAGAACCUUCUAGAACAGCGUGAUAAAGAGCUGGUGGCUUUGAGAGAGGAGCUGCAUCGCCGCCUCGAGGGGACGCCAGAGACUACGAAAACCAAAGCUCUGCAGACUGUAAUUGAGAUGAAGGACUCUCAAAUCAGCUCUCUAGAGAGGGGCCUCAGAGAGCUGGAGGACCAGGUCAUGAUGCUUCGAUCCAGUAGCAUGCUCAGCUGUGAAGAACGGCAGGAGGAGGCCAAACAAAUGGAGGUCUACCGUAACCACACUAAGUUCAUGAAAAAUAAGAUGGACCAGGUUAAGCAGGACCUGUCCAGGAAAGACACUCAGCUCCUCGGCUUGCAGACCAAGUUGGAGACCCUGACUAACCAGUUCUCUGACAGCAAACAACAUAUUGAAGUCCUCAAAGAGUCUCUGACUGCCAAAGAACAACGUGCUGCCAUAUUACAGACUGAGGUGGAUGCUCUGAGGUUGCGUCUGGAGGAGAAGGAGACCAUGCUGAACAAGAAGAGCAAGCAGAUCCAGGAAAUGUCAGAAGAAAAGAGCACACUAAAUGGAGAAAUCCAUGACCUGAAGGACAUGCUGGAUGUCAAGGAGCGUAAAGUCAAUGUACUUCAGAAAAAAAUUGAAAACUUGCAGGAGCAACUGAGGGACAAAGAGAAGCAAAUGAGCAGUCUUAGGGAGAGGGUGAAGUCCCUGCAGACGGACACAUCUAAUACAGACACAGCCCUCACUACUUUGGAGGACUCACUGGCUGAGAAGGAGCGUAUUAUUGAGCGUCUGAAGGAGCAGCGUGAUCGCGAGGAGCGAGAAAAAGCUGAGGAGCUGGACAACAGCAAGAAAGAGUUGAAAGAGUUAAAGGAGAAAGUUAGCAUGUUACAAGGAGACCUGUCAGACCGUGAGACUUCUCUCCUGGACCUCAAAGAGCAUGCAUCAUCUCUGGCAUCUUCUGGCCUGAAGAAAGACUCCAAACUGAAAAGUUUAGAAAUUGCUCUUGAGCAACGAAGGGAGGAGUGCACCAAGCUCGAGAACCAACUGAUGAAGGCCCAGAGUGCCGCAGCCAAUGCACAGGCCAACUCCGAGCUAUCCGAGCGCAUUUCCUCACUUGAAUCUGAUGUGGCCAGACACAGAGAGGACUCUGCCAAGGCUCAGGCUGAAGUUGAUCGCCUAUUGGACAUUCUGCGUCAGAUGGAGAAUGAGAAGAAUGACAAGGACAAAAAAAUCAACGAACUGGAGAGUGUGGCUUCCAGGCAAAUAAAAGAGCAGAGUAAGAAGGUUUCUGGCAAACACAAGGAGCAAUCAGGGAAGGGCAGGAAUGUCAACGAUGGCCCGCAGCAGGAGUCCUUGCGGCAGAAGGCAGAGCGUAUUGAAGAGUUGGAGGAGGCUCUUAGAGAAAGUGUUCAAAUCACUGCCGAGAGAGAGAUGGUGCUGGCACAGGAGGAGGCAGCAAGAAACCACCAUGAAAAACAGAUGGAAGAAUUACUUGGAGCGAUGGAGAAAGUGAAACUAGAACUUGAGUCCAUGAAGGCCAAGAUGUCGUCCACCCAGCAGUCUCUGGCUGAGAAAGAAGCUCAUCUGACCACACUAAGAGCUGAGAGGAGGAGACAUCUGGAAGAGGUGCUGGAGAUGAAGCAGGAGGCUCUGCUGGCUGCCAUUAGUGAGAAAGAUGCAAACAUAGCUUUGCUGGAGCUGUCCUCAUCUAAGAAGAAGAAGACGCAAGAGGAAGUUGCCCAGUUGCGGAGAGAGAAGGACCGUUUGGUGCAGCAACUCAAACAGCAGACACAGAACCGUAUGAAGCUCAUGGCGGAUAAUUACGAUGAUGGCUACUUGAAAACACCACCAGACCAGACCAACCACAAACCUCCAAAAUCACCCGAUCAGGAUGAUGAGGAGGGCAUUUGGGCAUAGCCUCACUGGCAGCCAUUUUGUUUUAGAUGGAUAAGAUCUGGGCGGAGAGCUACAGUACGAAGGAGCUCUACACUGGCCAUCUGAUUAUCCCAUACAACCACCCCCACAAUCCCUUAAUUUACAGAAUCAACUCAGCCCACAUCUCAUCACACCAGUAGCCCAGGGCCCACCGUCAGUGUCUUCACACACAUUUUCACAGUGGGAGCCUGGGUUGGUGAGUCAGUGUGGAGCUGCAAUUAGGAUCCUUGGACCCUGCUUUGGACCUCUGGCACUGGAGCUGAACUCCCUCCAGAACUAAACAGCCAUGAUCAAACCUUCUAACUUUCACUGUCUCUCUGCCCUCACCGCUCAUCUGAACUAAAACGGAGCCCUCAAAGAGCCUGUAACAGUCUCUAGUCUUAAUACUGGUGCAGAAUUGGAAAUAUGCAGUGUUAGUUAAGUUGUGAAUGCAAUUAUUAUUUUGUCCUCUUGAUGUCAUCAUGGUUGAGUAAAAACAGAUAUAGAAUGUUAACCUGAUCAGUGGGUGGUGCUAUAUAAACAUGAAUGCCAAACUGUUGUUAAACAAUAAAAAAUAAAAAAAAGUGUUAUGCUAAUUUAACUGCUCCCAGUAUUAAGACUAUUGUAAUAUCACUUGGACCCUUGAUCUAUUCCACGUUUAAAGGUUUUCUUGCACUUAUGACUGAUUCUGCUUCACUGGACGACCUUCUCUGGAAAACAAUAGGACACCUUCAAGAGCAUGACAUAAACAUGUAUAGAUUGCGAUGUCUAUUUGUCACACCUGACGUUGUGUCAGUGGAUCAAAUCAGGUUCUUUAUGUCCUUUAAUUCCACUUAACAGCUGCUACAAGGAAUAGAUAAAUAAAGACCCCAUGAAAUCAUAACUGGAGUUUUGUGGCUUUUAGUUCAAGUCUGUUAGCUUUGAGGCCAUCUAUAUGCUUGUGUACUCCUACAAGCUUACAAAAUGAACUUUCAGCUCGUAAACGCAUUUAACAUUUUUUGUGAAAAUUAUCCAAAAAUAUUUAUGACUCAUCUUGCACAACACAGAUUUAUGUCCAAUCAUAUGCUGAUGAAUGAGAAUGUCCAUCCCCCUAAUACCAUCUGCAACUGAAUAACGGGUAGCAAAUCAUGGUUCAUGGCGGUGAGGUAACUAAAGCCCAUUGGCUAUUAAAAAAAAAAAAAAAAUGUGCCCUUUGAUAUGUCCUGUCCAAGCUUCAACACAGGAAAAACAGUUGCCUGUCAGGCGAUUUCAUGGGCUCUUUAAAUACGAAAACAGUUUUCAUUUCUCAUGAAGGAGUCAUAAAGGUUUUUGUGCAAGAUUAAAAUAAAUAAAUAAAUAAAUAAAUAAAUAAAUAAAUUACGUACUGUUCUCGCUUACUGAGACUUUAGUCGUUUUCUAGCAGCUCUUAGACAGGACACUGUAGGCUCCCAAAUAUCUUCAUAUCAUAUCCUGAUAACCAGUUUCUGAGAGCUCAUUGCUGGUUUUAUGUGCUCUCAUAAACAUUGAUAUCAUUGUGUCUAUCUCUUUCUCAAAGUGGAUUUUUUUAUGUUGCAUUUGUGGCCUAUUGUCUUCGUGUAUAAAAAAAAAUAAAAUAAAACAUUUAUAAUCCAACAAAAAAGACAAAAGAUAUUGGGUAUGAGUGUUCUGACUUUGUAUAAAUGUGUAUGUAUAUAAAAAUGUAUUAUCAGUG